AUGACACGCUCAAUCCUCCCAACCUUCCCGCUCAUCAUCCUCGGCGUGAUCGAGCCACUGAUGCUGUACGUCCCCCAUUCUACCCACCCCUCUAAUUGCCCAAAUCACUCACAAUUCCCCAGCCUCGAAGCUUACCGUGUCGGCAUCAUCAACCCUGGCGCCCAGCACUACUUCACCCGUCAACUCCCGCCCGACUUGCUCUACACCACCAAGACUACUCAGCCUCCCGAGUUCUCUCCCCAGGCCGAAACGGUCACCCUCCAGCUGGUCAACGUCUUCCUCCUCCUCGCGGGCUUGGCUGUCGUGUGCUGCUUCAGCAAGGAUAAAUGGACCGUCAAGGGCUACUGCGUCGUGGUCGGGCUGGCGGAUUAUGGCCAUAUCUGGUCCAUCUACAAGGGUUUGGGCGCCGAGGCGUUUUGGGAGUUUGGCAAAUGGAACGACUUGGUUUGGGGCGGGGUGUUGGCGUCCGCGUUGUUGAAUUUGGUGAGGUGGGGGGUUGUGUUUGAUGCUUUCGGGAGGUUGAAAGAUGGGAAGAAGGUGAAGACGAAGUGA